CUGACAUCAAGUAGGAGGUAGAGCCCAUUACUAGUAGUAAGAGAUAUAGAAAGAGAGGAAAUAGAGAAAGAAAAAUAGAAUAAGAGAAUUGCAUGUGUGCCUGCAACAUGGCCACAGGCUGGCGGUAUUGAAUCUGCUGGCUGGACUGCGUCUUACGGUCUUACAACAACUCUAAGUCAGUGCUAAAUGGAACAUUACUGUCGAUUAAAGCGGGGGAUCACGUUGCCAUCUUUGGCCGAACAGGCACCGGCAAGACUUCUCUAAUACUCUCCCUUUUAAAGAUGCUUGAGAUUGUUCGAGGCGGCAUCUCGGUAGAUGGUAUAGACUUAUCAACUCUAAAUGUGAAAGUAUGCUCACGCAUAGACGUUGUUUCUGAUGAGGACAUCAUACAAGCACUUCAUCGUGUACGACUAUGGAGCAUUGUUGAUGAGCAAGGAGGGAUAGAUGAAGAGAUUGACCUGUCGUAUUGGUCAGCUGGCUAGAAGCAGCUCUUAUGUUUUGACUAAGCCAUGGCGAAGAGUCGCAGGAUCCUCAUACUAAAUGAGGCAGUGAGUAAGUGAGAUAACUCGACUGCAUCCCAAUGCUAAUGAAUGGUCC